AUGAGUAAAUACGCCCCGAUUACUAAUAAACACGUCUGCGGCCCUUUCUCGCCGUUGACAGCUCAAUUCGUAUCAUUCAGCGCGAGCCCUCGCCGGCCCCUCUCGGGGGCCACUCAUUGGAGCGGCACGUACCAAUCGAAUCGUUCGGGGCGUUCCUCGCCGUCGUCGACUUGUUCCGAAAAACUGGCGGAGGUCAAACGCGAGAGUGAGCCGGAGUGGUGCGACGCCGCCGCCGCCACCGCCGCCGAUUUCCACGACGACGACGACUUCAGAAUGGUGGAGGCGGCGCCCAGACAUCACCAGCUGUUGGGGAACGUCUUCGGAGAGGGCUUCAAGCCGGUGUUUAAGAGGGGCGCGACGCCGACGACGGCCAGUUCGCUCUUCACCAUUGACAGCAUCUUGGCGCCGAGGCCCAAGCCGAGCAGUCCGCAGAGGCCGGUGCUGCAGCAUCCGGGGCUGCAUUUGGGGCACAUCGCCGCCGCGGGCGGGUUUGGCGCCUCCUCGGCAGAUUUCCUAGCAAUGGCGUACCCUGGGCUGUACCCCGGAUACGUGCACGCGCUGGCGGCGGCGUCGCAGGCCGCGUCGAUGGCGGGCAGCCACCCGCAGCACCAGCCCCCGAAACGGAAGCGCCGCCACCGCACCAUCUUCAGCGAGGAGCAACUGGAGCAGCUGGAGGCGACUUUCGAACAAACGCACUACCCCGACGUCGUCCUCAGAGAGCAGCUCGCCCUCAAAGUGGACUUGAAGGAGGAGCGGGUCGAGGUCUGGUUCAAAAACCGACGGGCCAAGUGGCGGAAGCAGAAGCGCGAAGAGCAGGAGAGGAUGAGGAAGAUUCAGGAGGAGGAUGUUUGCAGGAGUGUGGAGCAGCAGAGACUCCUGCAACCGCCGAAUUUCAGCGACGAGGAUUCGAGCGACUUGGAGGUGGCUUGAGAGAGGGAAGGGGGGUUUUAUCUAGUCAAUUGUUGCUGUUCUGUAUAAAUGUAUAUUGUUUGGGGUUUACAUUUAGUGCAAAUACCGACGGAAGGUUCCGAGAUUUGAGUUGCGGUCAGGUUGUUUCGGUUCGUGUAAAUAUUAGGUUAAGAUGAGUUAUGAUCAAGUUGUUGUAUUUUAAAUUACGUAUCGACAGGUUAGAGUAU